AAGAUUUAUUUACAAGCAAAGAAUUGCCAAAUAAUUGUAUUCUUAUUAAUUGUGAAGUAUCGAUUGGCUUUUUGUGCAGAAAUUUAUUUCAGAAAUACCCAUCGUUUAAGGAAAUAUCCAAAUGUGAAAAAGGAUGCCCUGAGAGAUUCAAAACGUUGCCAUUAGUGCAAGUCCAACUGGAAACAUUAUUAGAAAAUAAUAUGAAUGAAAUCGAAAAGGACGUUAUAAUUCAAGGAUUUCGUUCUUGUAUUCAAUCGAAUUGUGAUGGAUUGAAGAGCACGAUAAUUUCUAACAUAGGACAAUAUAUCUUAAUAGAAACUUAUUCCACUUCUGGUGAUGGAGAACAGUAUGCUGUUCAAUUUAAACAUAUACCAAAAAAAAUUAAAUUUUCUUUCAUGAUGGACGAAUAUAAACUCGCUGGAUUAAUUAAUUUUAAAUCACCUGCAAAACAAACUAGACAUUCAACGGACAUUCAAGAUAUUGGUCACUACACUGCCAUUAGUUACCGACGUGGUAAAUGGAUAAAAUAUGACGAUUGUAAAGAUGCAGAACAAAUUUUAAAUGAUAAUUAUAUUUCUAGUCCACAUAUUAUUUUAUAUAUUGCACAGUAA